GACGAAAUGAAUCCAAAUUUCCGUAAACUCCCCGAAGGAAAGCUCACCUUCGCCCAAUUGGAAACGCUAGUAUCGCAUUGGAGCAUCGAUACCGACGAAUGCGCGAAAGUCUUCCAACUCCAAACAGCAGAAACGAAGAAACUAUUCCUGAAGUGCUGCCAGUACAACGAAAAAUUGGCUCCCAUGUACGUGAAGCUGGGCAAGCUGCGCUGCCUGCAGGACCACAUCGAUGCGAAUCUCCAGUACAUUUUCAACUUGCUGUUCGACGUCGAGAGUAAGAUCAGGGAGUUUGAGAAGUGCCCGUGUCCCUGCAGAGAUGCACCUCUAGAUCCGAUCAGGAGCGGAGUGUACAAAGCCGUCGAAGAGAUCAACGCGACUUUGGUGAACAUCGAAAAAUCGAUUUUCUUGUUCGAGCUGAACUAUUGCGUGAAGGACGUGAACUUGCAGAGCAGCUUCGAGGACGCGGUGUGCAUCCUGUGCUGCGAAUUGGACCAAUUGGAGAUGAUCGAUGCGAGGAUCAGGGAGUUGCAGGACAAAUUGACGUGGUGCGACGCCUGCCAGUCGAGGAUUUGCGCUAAUAAAAAACAUCCACAUUGAAAUUCCGAGUUUCGUUUGUACGAAAAGGUCAAGGGCGCGAGCCGAACGUGUACUCUUCUUCAAUUUGAAAAUUUUCCGACGCAUCCACUCAUAAAAAAUAAAUUGUUUUAAAGCCUCUUUAAUAUUGUGUACAUAUUUAACGAUCUCAUUGUUUGUUCAAUAUUACAUCAAGUAAAAGGUAAAUAUUUAGACAAUAUUGUAAACAGAUUGAUAACUAUCCCAAUUUCUUGGAUUUACUGGCCUCAUGCACGGCGUAAAUGUAAUCGCGAAAAUUUUCUAUUGAUUUAAAUAUUGCAACUUUUGCUGGGAAAAUUUAUUAAAUUCGAAUUAAUUCAAAUUCGUUUAAUACGCCGAAGUCGUAGGAAACUGUUCGUAAUUAUCCUUUUAC